UCACAGGCACAGUAGUGGAACUGCAGCUGAUGUGAGCCCCCUCCUCAUUCCCUCUGCUCUCCACAGCCUCUGCUGGUAACUCGCUGUAGGGAUCGUGGGCAGGGUUAGUGGGAGGGAUUUCUCCACGAUGGAUGGUUCCCCUGUGAGUUUGACACGAGUAUUCCUCCCUCCUCCCCUCUGCUUCUCUCGCUCAAUCUUUAGGAAUGUAUUAAUAACAUUUCCUCUGUAAGGUUCUCUGUGGGAGCAGGGGGGGAGAGUAACUGUAUGCACAGCCCUGCCAAAAAACCCAACUGUCUGAGGGAUCUGCAAGCUUUGCUGCUCCGAGGCUGGGAUUCCAUAGAGUGGAAGAUUUGGAUCUGGCUGUGCAGCUCUCCCUGCUGGGGACAAUCCACAGAGAUCGCGAUCUACAGCUGCCCGGGACUUGUAGGACCAAGCAGGGAUCCAGCCAGUUCUGUCCUCACUCCUGGAGAUGACAUGUAGACCCUGCAUUUAUCCAUCUGGGGUAUUCCUCUCUAUUGACUACCAAUACUGGAAAUUAAGCUGUGCAGGAUUCUGUUCUAUUUGAUGAUUGCCCAACACACAAUUAUCUCUUGGAUAACCUUGUUUGCUUUAACUGUUUAACCGUUGAUGAACCCUCGUUGGCACGACAACAUGGCUUCAAGUUUGACAUGCACCGGUGUGAUCUGGGCUCUACUAUCCUUCCUUUGUGCGGGAGCAUCUUGUGUGGGGUUCUUCAUGCCAUAUUGGCUUCUGGGUUCUCAGCUGGAUAAACCGGUGGCAUUUGGCACUUUCCGGAGAUGUUCUUACCCUGUACGAGAUGAAAAUCUCCAGACCACAGUGAUGGUGGAACAGUGUGGCCGCUAUGCCUCUUUUGAGGCCAUUCCAAGCCCAGAGUGGCGGAUCUGCACAGUAGUCACUGGACUUGGGUGUGGCCUUCUUCUCCUGGUGGCUCUGACCGCUAUCAUGGGAUGUUGUGUCUCUGAGCUCAUCUCUAGGACUGUUGGAAGAGUGGCUGGUGGGUUACAGUUUCUUGGAGGGCUGCUGAUUGGUUCUGGAUGUGCUCUGUAUCCUUUGGGUUGGAGCAGUGAGGAAGUCCGGCAGGCUUGUGGAAAUCUAUCAGCGCAGUUUGAACUGGGCACCUGCAGAAUUGGAUGGGCGUACUAUUGUACUGGAGGAGGAGCAGCUGCUGCAAUGCUGAUCUGCACGUGGUUGUCGUGUUUCUCCGGAAAAAAACAAAAGCAAUACCCGUAUUAGGAGUUGCAGGGAGAUGAUGCAUUGUCAUAGGAAGACCUACACGGAACACAAUUCUUUGAGUUCUGACUCUUGCCAGUAGAACAGCUGUCACCUUGGAAAAUGAGCCUUUGCAUCUUUGUGAUCUGUGUGUCUGCUGGUAAAAUCUGCUCUAAAUGACAAAAUGCAAUUUAUAAACUAAUAAAGGACUGGUUCUAAGUGGGGAUAUUCCACUACAGGCUUACCGUGCUGUUGAGAGGUCACCGUAAUAGUGGAGCAAGGAGUUUUCUAGUCUUCAUUGCUAUAAGCACAUGCAUAUAUGAGUAGCACAAAGGCAUACGCUAUUACACAGUCUUUGUUUAUUAUGUUUACUUGCCAGAAGGGUCUAGAGUUGCAUUAAAUAUAAUUUAAGACACAUUGGAGGACAUUUUCUCCUAUUUCCAUGUUUUUCCUAAUUCUGGCUCAUUAGUCUAAUACUACAGUAGAAUCAAGUUAAAAAUAUCUAUCUGUCAGGUCUCCACUGAAAAUCUAAUAUUGAUCAGUGGUACCAUAAGUAAGUAGAGAGACGGCGGGGAUGAAGAGAGGUUCAAUGCAGGUGACUGGGAAAUGUCAAAAUAUAAUAAUUGGUUUAGGGGUCAUGAGUGGAGAAGAUAGGACAUUUUUAAAUGUCUGAUAAAAGUCAUGAUUGUUGUUAAAAGCUUAAUAUAGGAAGCGGUUAAUUAUAGGAGGUUUGUAAAGCAAUAUUCAAUGUGUGAGGUUAUAAAUUGAUCAAUUAUUUUCCAGGAAGAGAAAAAAAAGAAAAUAAUUCAUUACCUUUGUAUGAUUGAAAUUGUGUUACUUCCAAACAGUCACACUCCGAUGUGUGGUCCCCAGAAUUGUAACUAGCACAAGACUUAGACCACUGAAACUGUGUUCUGCCCUGUACAUGCCCAUUCUCUCUACCUUCCCUGAGUUUCUAUGGGAAUUGCAGUCAAUCAAAUAAAACAAUAUUUAUUGGCCUUUUCACACCUCUAGAAUAACAUGGAAACUGGAGAACUUUAUCUCCUGGAGUUUGUUCUGCAAUUUAAUAAACCUAGCACCAGAGGGUUUACAUUCAGUAUUAUUUUUCAUUUCUGCUGAUAAUUUUGUAUUAUAUUAAUUGGACCAAUAAUCACCAUUUAAACAUAUCUAUUGUUUUAUGUGUACAUGCACCUAUAGGAACAUAUAUUGCAUCACACUUACUGUACACACUUUUCGUAUUCUUUUUAAAUUACAAAAAAAUAACCUACAUAACACAGGUACUACUUUAUAUGCACAUGAGAUGCAAUAACCUGAAAUUGUAUCAGUGGAACUUCAAUAAUCUUGUUAUCAAUAGUAAUCUCUUAUUUGCAUAAACUGCUUUUGUUCUGCAUUGACAUAGAAAUUCUAUUUUGUGGUUUAGUUAUGAUGUUUUUAUGCUAUGUUUUGUUAUAAUUUUUUAAAUGACAAAAACAAUUACA